UCUCAAGGCCCAGAUGGUUUGAGUAAUCACAGAUCAAGGCUUCCGGAAACUACGCUUUAUAUAGGAGGAGCAACUGCACCAGUAGAGGGCACUAGUGAAGCUGCUUACCUGUGGAGACCUGCACCAAGGAAUCCUCCUCCAUGGUACCACAAGUCUUGCUAUGUAGGAGAAAUUGGCUGGGGAGUAAGAGAGUUUCCUUCUCUCGCCCAGAAAAACACCCAGCAGUUAAUGCCUGAACGAUUUCCUCCAGCUGAAGAGUUUGAAAUAGUGGCUCGAUACAGAAAUCCCAGGUAG